GUAAAGUCGGAACCCAACUCGAAUUUUAAAUUAAUUUCCCUUAUUUUGGCACUAAAACUGGGCAAAACCCCAGUCAAUGCCCCAAAAUCACAAGCAGAAAUGUUCGAAAGUGAUACCGACUUUGAUUUUGGUGAUGACUUGGGUUUAAAUUUCGAUAAAAUUAACAAACACCAGAGUCAUUCGCCCCCCAAACGCCCCAAAACAGUAAAUGCCCCCGUUAAGCGUAAAUUCCCAGGACCUGCGGGGCUCCUUGACUUGGAAAACACGAAAAAUGAGGUCAUUCCGUGCUCCCAAAUGUCUUUCUCCGUGUUCCAGGCAGCCCCCUGGCUCCAAAUGUGCCGCGACCACGAAACGUUAAUCGACCAGUUUGAUAUUAAUUGGAUUAAGGGGGCGGCAACUCGCGAGGAAUUGCCAAAUCGCAAGGCCCCAUUUCUGGGGGCUAUCAUUAAAAGCGUCGAAUGUUUCGAGGGGAAAAACACCAUUGUUAAAGUUGUCUUGAAAGACCCCACGGGGGAGAUUCAGGGCUCAAUAAUUCAUAAUUUAUUUGAGGAGUAUUCGGAAUUUUUAGUUGCCGAUUCUGUGAUUGUUUUGAGACAGUUUAGUGUCAUUACAACUAGUUCAGGUAAUCACUACUUGACCAUAACUCCAAAUAAUUUGGUGGCGAUUUAUUCGAGUUCGGGGGUCAAAAAACUACAAGAGGUGUCCAAUGAGGGGCCCAAAAAACCAACCGAAACUAAGCCAAAAGACGAAGAAAUUUGGGCAAAGGCACUCGAUGGGGUCGAUCUUGACUCGCUUUUUGAUGAUUUUUGAUUUAUAAUAUUUAUAAUAAUAAAGAAUUUAAUUUUUGAAAA